UGUAUAACUGAUGAAUUUCACUUCAUUUUCUCUUUACCUUGAUUAUGUUCCAUAUUUCAACACAAAUUUCACUAUUGUUGUUGGAGUUUCCCCCCAAGAAAGACAGCCCUACUACCAAGGAAGCAUUUGAUAAUUAGUUUUCCAUUAAAAGGUUGUAUGUUUUCAGUUUUUAGAAAAGGUUUUGCGGCCCGGAGUUGUCCCAGUCCCGCAUCCCGGAGCCGUGUUAGUUGCUGCUCAGUGUCGCCGGGGCUCCAUCUGGAGAGGGUAUGGUGGCUGCACCUCCUCCAUCUGGAUCCACAGUGUUGCUGGCCAGGUCUCGGGUCCGGAGCAUUCUCCUGCCGCGUUGCAGCAGUUGGUGAUCUUUUAAUAGACUUUCCAGAGCCUCUCCUCCCAGGGAUUCAUUCGGCCACCUCUGCGGUCAGCCAACCUCUUAGCACUUGGUCUGGAAUUCAGCAUCUUAACAGUUUUCUGGGAUCCUGAGAUAAGUCUUUUGUGUCAAGGUUUCCUGCCUUCAGUCUGGUUCAGGUUUCAGAGACUUGUACAUUACCAGGGCCCCCCCAAUCUUCCUACCUACAGCAGAAGCAAUGCAGGAAUAAGGGAUAUCCCUGAAAACUGCUAAAAGGGGAAUCUCUGAGGCCCAGCAAUUGCACAGAGGCUUACAAAGUCUUCCUUGAAAGCACCUGCUCACAAGUUCAAAUGCCUCUGCUUAGAAUGAUUCUCGCUGUUGUACUUUCGGCUGUCCCCAGUGCCCUAAGCAGUCUCUUGCCCCAUCACAACCAAGUAAUAAAUAAGCACCACAAAAAGGGAGUGACCCCCGGGGCUGGAGAGAUAGCACAGCGGGUAGGGCGUUUGCCUUGCACGCGGCCCGACCCAGGUUCGAUUCCCAGCAUCCCAUAUGGUCCCCUGAGCACCACCAGGGGUAAUUCCUGAGUGCACAGCCAGGAGUGACCCCUGUGUAUCGCCAGGUGUGACCCAAAAAGCAAAAAAAAAAAAAAAGGAGUGACCCCCAGUUAGGAAAAAGAGGUAGCCUCAAAGCCUGGAAGUGGCCACGUGCAACACCUGGGGCUGUACGUACAAGUACGUUCCCUGCUAACCUCGGCCCCACAGCCCAGCAGCUGUGCAGCGCGGGCCAGAGGCCAGCCGGCCGGCCGCGCGGCUGCCCCCUAGGACCGAUUUCCAGAACAGCCUGCUUCCCACCGGCCCCUCCAGGCCUGAGCGGCUCUACCGACGGCCCCACCCCUAGCCGGAAACGCCCAUAAGGAGGACGAGAGGGCGGCCAUCGCUUUCGGAUCCGGAGGACAUCGACCACGCGCAUCUGGACGGCGAGGCGCCGCCACUGUCGCGCCGGAAGCUGCGGCCGCGAUAGGGUGUCUUCGAUUCCCUCAGCAACUCGGCCAUGGCAGCUGUCAGGCUCCUGCCGCUCUCGGCAGGGCCCCAGGCCAAGGUGACCUUUGAUGAUGUGGCUGUGCUCCUCACCCAGGAGGAGUGGGACCGCCUGGGCCCCGCGCAGCGAGGCCUCUACCGACACGUGAUGAUGGAGACCUACGGCAACGUGGUGUCACUGGGUCUUCCGGGAUCCAAGCCCAAUGUGAUCUCCCAGCUGGAACGAGGGGAAGAGCCAUGGGUUCGGGAUGGGCCAGGAACCGAGGACAGCUGGGACCCAGGCAGUAGCCAGUCAGAUGACUUCAAAAAUGACCACUUGACAGCUUCUGUGCAGCAGGACAGUCCAUCCCAUCCGUGGAGAACAGAAAAGAGAGAGAAACAAAAUGGAGACUUGAGUCUGGAGCCAGUCGUUUCAAAAAAGACAUGCACCAUUCUGAGAAAAACACCUACCCAGGGUGGUGAACCUGACCAGAGUUUCUGUCUGAGUCCAAGUCCUGUGGGCCCCCCUAGACGGCAGACCUUGAGCCAGAGCGUGCCUGUUCCUGGUGGGGAGAGACCUUACAAGUGUGUGGAGUGUGGGAAGUGCUUUGGUCGAAGCUCCCACCUCCUGCAGCAUCAGAGAACCCACACCGGGGAGAAGCCUUACGUGUGCAGUGUGUGUGGGAAGGCUUUCAGCCAGAGCUCGGUGCUGAGUAAGCACCGGAGAAUCCACACAGGCGAGAAGCCCUAUGAGUGCAAUGAGUGUGGCAAGGCCUUUCGCGUGAGCUCAGACCUUGCACAGCAUCACAAGAUCCACACGGGAGAGAAGCCCCAUGAGUGUCUUGAGUGCCGCAAGGCCUUCACCCAGCUCUCCCACCUCAUCCAGCACCAGCGGAUCCACACAGGAGAGCGGCCCUACGUGUGCCCCCUCUGUGGGAAGGCCUUCAACCACAGCACGGUGUUGCGGAGCCACCAGCGCGUGCACACUGGGGAGAAGCCUCACGAGUGUGGUGAGUGUGGCCGGGCCUUCAGCGUCAAGAGGACGCUGCUCCAGCACCAGCGGGUACACACAGGCGAGAAGCCCUACACGUGCAGCGAGUGUGGCCGGGCCUUCAGCGAUCGCUCCGUGCUCAUCCAGCACCACAACGUGCACACCGGGGAGAAGCCCUAUGAGUGCAGCGAGUGCGGCAAGGCGUUCAGCCACCGCUCCACCUUGAUGAACCACGAGAGGAUCCACACCGAGGAGAAGCCAUAUGGGUGCUACGCCUGCGGGAAGGCCUUCGUACAGCACUCACACCUGAUCCAGCACCAGCGGGUGCACACUGGCGAGAAGCCCUAUGUGUGCCAUGAGUGUGGUCACGCCUUCAGUGCCCGCAGGUCCCUGGUGCAGCACGAGAGGAUCCACACAGGUGAGAGGCCCUUCCAGUGCUCGCAGUGCAACAAGGCCUUUAGCCUGAAAGCCACGCUCAUCGUGCACUUGAGGACCCACACGGGCGAGAGGCCGUAUGAGUGCAGUCGCUGCGGGAAGGCCUUCAGCCAGUACUCAGUGCUCAUCCAGCACCAGAGGAUCCACACGGGCGAGAGGCCUUACGAGUGUGGGGAGUGUGGGCGUGCCUUCAACCAGCACGGGCACCUCAUCCAGCACCAGAAGGUGCACAAGAAGCUGUAACCUCGGGAGCUCCUGUGACCCCUAUGGGAAAGGAAGACUUGAAUAAUUCACUCACAAAACAACUCCAAAGAGAAGCACUGAGCAUGUUAUUCCUGUGGGAAAACUUCAGAUAAUGCCUGUCCCAUUUUUCUCAGUAUCCUCAAGUGUAUUGGAGAGUAGUCCCGUUCUCGUGAAAUUUGCCCAACACAGCUAUGAUUCGCUCAUUUUAAUGAAUGAUAGUUUGGUAGUUAUGUCUUAAAAGUAAUUCCAGGAAGUUGGGGCAUCAGGACUAUUGUCAUCGUCAAACUUUUUUCACUAAAAAUAAAGUGUUUUUCUUAGAAUGUGACAUACCUUUCCAGAAUACAGUUUUGCCAUUGCACUUGCCAUUAGAAUGCUGGACUGCGUUCAAUGUUUUUUUUUUGUUUUUUUUUUGUUUUU